AUGUCUAGCUCCCAAUCAGUAUCGGAAAGGGAAGCGGCGGGUGUCGACGCCGCUAAAUGGUGGCAAACACCAUGGAAAAGUAUGGCGGACCUGGCCGAAGCAGUUGACGACCUUAUAUGUAGCUUCGAUUAUAUGGACACAGCCAUGGACAACCUAGUCAUGUUAAUAUUUAUUUGGAUUCUUUUUUCUAUUGUCCUCCUUGGUAUAGCGAAAUGGGCGUACGGCAGAUUCGCGAAAAAAGUUACCGAGGUCGAUACAAAACAAAAACCGAUCGAUGAGACGAAAAAAACUUCGAACGAAAUAAUUUCUAGUGCGGAUAGUGUAUUAGCGACCAGUGCUAAAGUAAAAAGUGCAUCAUUUACAAGCAGUAAGCCUCCAAAACCGACUGGUUUCGUGCCAGCAACACCGCCGAACAAGAAGCGUUUGGGUCGUAUGUCACCCGGCCCAGAGCAACUAACAUUGAAGAAACACCAAAGCAUCUUGGUCCCAACAUGUACAGGACCCGAUCAACCCAGUGUGCAAUGGGUGAACGACCUGUUGACAUGGUUAUAUAAUGAUUUAGUUAUUGUGAAUGAGCUUGUACAGCAAUGGAUUGUGUCCAUGAACGAAUUCUCCAAAAAGUCCGUCGAAGAGCAAGGCAUUGGCGUGGAGUUGGUGCGCGCCCUCGACUGCCACCCUCCCAACAUCUCCAACGUGUUUUGCGAGUGUGACUCCAAGGACGACGUUACUAUCACUUGUGACUGCGAUGCCACUCCAGCGUUCCAGCUUAAGGCUUUCAGCCAACGUGGGGAGAAGGUUGAGGUGUCCCACUACAGGGUUAAUGUGAACAGAUUCCGUGCACGUCUAAACGUGGUUUGCGUGACAGACAAGCUGACAGGUGAGCUGAAGUGCGAUGGGUGGCCAGAGGUGAAGGUAGCCUUGGCUCCAGUUGGGGCACUCCGGCCGAAUACUACUGAAAAUAACCUACAAAACGCUAUCAGUGAUAUCGUAGUCAGCGCUCUACGCAGCACGAACCUGCAGUUCAAUCUUGCCCAUUACCCAACGUGCCCUCGUCUCCGCCGUUACGUGGAGACUACUCCUCAUAGGUUGCCCCUCCACUAUGACGCCAUGUUACAGUCCGACCGCCAGAUGUACACGUCCACUCCUAACUCCACUGCCGGCAGCAUGGUGCUACACGGUGACAAGAGACUGCUGGUCAAAGUCGUCUCUGCUAAGGACUUGGGAGGUAAAACCGGAUGCAUAGCUCCAUACUGCGUGGUGGAGAUGGACGAGCCUCCGCAGAAGAACCAGACAGGCUUCAAGAAGGAAACCACCAGCCCUCAAUGGGAGGAACACUUUUUGUUCGACCUGUCGCCGCAGACGGCGGAGCUGCUGUUUGAGGUGUACGACCGCACCGGCCCACCCUCGCCCGGAGGGGGCGCCAGCCAAAACAGGUUCCUCGGCUUAGGUCUGGUGGGCAUAGACGAGCUCCUGGCAGCUCCAUCCCAAAGACAACAGAUUGCUCUCCAGACCAGGCCCAUGGAGCAACACGACGUUAGCGGCACGCUUACUGUCGAGUUCCUGUUCAUCGAAGGAGCUGAUAUUCCAGACUUUGGGUCCCGUCCUGUCAAGAUAAAGGAGAGUCUUCGCACUCUCUCGCCACUUGGCCACCUCACAACCACCACUAAGACUAUAUUUAAGCAGAAUGGCCACGACAACUCUCAGCUAACGGAGUCAGCUCUGCGUGAGUUGGAGCUGAGCCCGGCCAGCGCCGCCAACAAAUCAACACUCAUCAUUCACUCUGUGCAGAGGGAGCCGAAGAAGUCAAUAAAGGUUGAAAUAACUGACUCGGGGAAAUUCAUCGAAGUGGAGAAAGCAGAUGCGGAACCGGCCAUACCUCAAGAGAGUGCUAUAGUCGAUGAGAGUUUGAACGAAAAGUGUGUUACACCAAGCCCUAACCAGUCGCCAGGGAAGACUGUCAGAAUUAAAGAAAACGGUGCUAAGGCAAAUGGAGACACAGAGCAGGGAGAUUACGUCCAUCGCCAAAAUGAAAACGCCCCACCGGAACCAGCGCCGCGACAAAAGCGGCGAAGGGACUUCUUUGGAACCAUUAAGAGAAGACUGGGCCGGUCCCGCACUCGCGGUCAGUCUCUAGACCUCACAGACUCUGAAAUGGAAAACCAGAGCCGUAUUCGCAGCAUCAGCGCUGAGAGGAAUAAUCAUGAAAAAGCACUGUCUAUCCCCAACAGAAAUGUAUACUCAGCUGGUGCCUCUCCCGCGCAGUCGGGCGACGAGUCUCGGACCUCGCGGAGGUCCUCUCUUAGCGAAAUGUCCGGGUUCAGUACAGCGUCAGCCAGGACCUUCAUCCAUGAAGCUUCGACCCUGGUCCUGGAGACCAUAGAAGCUGGCAUCAAGAAGCACUAUCUGGUGCCUCUUACCAUCGCGCAAAGGUCAAGAUGGCGGCGGAAGGGAAUUAAGCUGCAUAUUUAUAAUGAACAUACGUUUAUUGCUAAACAUCUAAGUGGUGGCACUGUAUGCGCAGUUUGCGAAAAGACGAUAGCGCGGCGGCUCGGCAAGCAAGGGUACGAGUGCCGCGACUGUCUGCUAAAGUGCCACAAGCACUGCCACGUGCGCGUGACUACCAAUUGCGCUAAAUCCACCGUGCAGAAUAUGGAGCUGACUUACAUCGCAUCUCCAUACGCAGACAAAAAUAUACGGAUGCUGUGA